AUGGUCGUCCUCUUUGCUUUUGAGACCAUACAAUAUACAUGUGCAUACACACUCAAGAAAACUAAAAAUAUUGCAUUUUUAUGUUUUCUUGCAUAUAUAGCCAAAGAAUGAUGUCUUUCUGUAUAGACACAUCUUACUCUCUAGGUACUUGCAUCUUAUUUUGAGAGAUCAGAAUAAACCAAAGUUUGGAUCUUUUUAUAGUUUUCUUCCAACUUUUGUUUUUUCUUUGGUUGGAGUUUUCUUCUUCCAACCAUGGACAUGUUUUCAUCUCAUUCCUUGUCCUAUAAACUAACCUCUUUGUCUACUGAAGCAAGUGCUUCUUCUGGUAACACUCUCAGUACUAUCCAAGGUUUCAGUGGCUUCAACAAUGUAACUUCCAGUCUUUGUACACACACAGAGACUCACAAGAAUAAGAAAAGAAGAGGCCUUCCUGGAAAUCCUGAUCCAGAUGCAGAGGUAAUCGCACUGUCACCAAAGACACUUCUUGCAACAAACAGAUUCGUUUGUGAGAUAUGCAACAAAGGGUUUCAAAGAGAUCAGAAUCUACAGCUUCACAGGAGAGGCCACAAUCUUCCAUGGAAGCUGAAGCAGAAGAGCAGCAAAGAACAACAAAAGAAGAAAGUCUAUGUGUGCCCAGAGACAAAAUGUGCUCAUCAUCAUCCAUCUAGGGCUCUUGGUGAUCUCACAGGGAUCAAGAAGCACUUUUGCAGGAAACAUGGAGAAAAGAAAUGGAAAUGUGAAAAGUGUUCAAAGUUCUAUGCCGUUCAAUCUGAUUGGAAAGCUCACACUAAGAUCUGUGGUACAAGAGAGUAUAGAUGUGACUGCGGCACUCUUUUCUCGAGGAAAGACAGUUUUAUAACGCAUAGAGCGUUUUGUGAUGCAUUAGCAGAAGAAAGUGCAAGAAUCAUCUCAACGUCUUCCUCCAAUCUCACAAACCCUAGCCCAAACCUCCAAGACCAUCAUCACUUUAUGGUCAAUAAAUCUUCUCCCUUGCUCUUCACGUCACCUCUUUGCGUUGAACCAUCACACUCCACCGCCGCUCUUUCCUCAACGGCAGCUCUCUCCGCGACGGCUCUCCUCCAAAAAGCAACGGCUCUCAGCUCCUCAGCUAUCGGCGGAGUAGGGCAGACUCGGUUGGUCGGUCAUCAUCACCGACAUCUGACGAACGUCAACGAGCUUCUUGGUGUUGGUGUUGACCAGGUCAUGAUGACGUCGUCUGAGUACGACCAGCUAGCGUCCACGUGGCAGAAAGCUGACCGUUUGACCAGAGACUUUCUUGGACUCACGGGUCACGGGGUGCACGUUAGCGUGAGACCCGGUGAUAUGCUGGGGUACGCUGGUGGCGUGGCGUUUCCUGUGUCGGCGUACGAUACCGAAUCUCAUCAUGAUCACGACUCGUCGUCGUCGUUGCAGAAAUCUUACGAUCUGGGAUUCUCAGGAGCCCACCAUCACACUAUAUAAAAGGGCAAAACUGGAAUCUUAUUACUUCCUUUAUUUUGUUGCUCUUGAAUUACUUUGUAUUGCCAUCGGGAACAAAGAAAAGACAAAGAGCUAAAUUAAAGCAUUUCUUUUUGGUUACUUUCUAGGGAUUAUUAUCAAUUUUCCAAUUGUUACACCUUUUGAAUUU